UGGGACGGUAGUGGUUUGUCACUGAAUUCUAUUUGACAGCUCAUAGGAGGGGAAGAGUGCGUCAGUGAAGUGAAUGUUCCCGGAAGUGUCGUGUGUUCAAGCUAGGAGUGAAAGGAGGGAGAGCAGAACCCUGACUGGAUACCUCUGGCGAUACAGAAAUAGCGCUGAACCCAGCCUUCUGCCCUUGAGUGGACAUUUAUCCACCUUCUUAUGUAGUUCAGUGAGCUGCCAGGUGCAGGCACCAGCAUACAAAUAGGGGCCUCUAUUAGUCAUUGUGUAGUCUCCAUCACUCGCUAUCUGUAUUUAUGUACAUAUCCAUAUACUGACUUACAAGGGUUGGACAAGCCUGUGUUUCGUAUUUAUACCCCGUCUGAGAGCCAGAGAAAGCGUUGGAUUUGUAUUGUUUCAUCACUAGAGUCCCUUGGCUAGCCCUGUAUAGGUGUGAGUGCUUGCUUAGCAAUAGUAGAUAUGACAACCCGUUCAGAAAGGGAAAAGGCUCAGAAGCUGAAUGAGCAGCAUCAGGCCAUCUUGUCCCGGAUGCUUCGGGAGGAAGACAACAAGUAUUGUGCUGACUGUGAAGCAAAAGGUCCUAGGUGGGCUUCCUGGAACCUAGGAGUUUUUAUGUGCAUUCGUUGUGCUGGAAUUCAUAGAAACCUUGGAGUUCAUAUAUCAAGAGUGAAAUCUGUUAAUUUGGAUCAAUGGACUCCAGAACAAAUUCAGUGCAUGCAGGAUAUGGGAAAUACAAAGGCAAGACGUAUAUACGAAGCUAAUCUGCCAGAAAACUUCCGAAGACCUCAGACUGAUCAAUCUGUUGAAUUCUUUAUCAGGGAUAAAUAUGAAAGAAAGAAAUAUUAUGACAAAAAUGCCACUGUUUCUGGAACUACGUCGUCUUCUGAUGCUGUGCAGCCCUCGGCAUCCUCUCCUUCUCUGCAAUCUGCUGCCGAGAAAAACAAAUUGGAGAAAGAAAAGGACAAGAAAAAGGAGGAAAGGAGAAAAGAGAGAGAACCUGAAAAAAUGGUUAAACCUGUUGGAGCUGAUAAGGUGUUGAAAAAGGAAUUGCCAUUAGAGGUUAAAGCCAGCCCAAAGAAGUCUCCUGAACUGACCGUUGAUCUGCUGGGGCUUGAUGCUCCGGUCGAAGCCCCUGCUUUAAAUGGAAAUACAUCUGCUAUAGCGGCAGUAAAUGAUGACUUAGAUAUAUUUGGUCCAAUGGUCUCUAACCCCAUUCCUGUUUCAGCUGCUCCUCCAACACAGGUCACUUCUACCAACCCUGCAAGUAGCACUGUAUCUUCGUCAUCUGGCGACCUGGAUUUGUUUACAGAUCAGACAACAAAAACUGAAGACACCCAAAAAAAGCCAUUGUCUAAAGACUCCAUCUUGUCUCUUUAUGGCACAGCAAAUAUGCAGCAGCAAAACACUACAGGGAUGUUCAUGGGUUCUUCACCUAUGCCAUACUCAGCACAACCAUCUGCCAGUUUCCAAGCCUUUCCCUCCAUGGGGGUUCCUAUUGCUGCUGGUGGUAUAAUGGGAAAUAUGAUGGGACCAUCAGUACCAGGCAUGGGACAGAAUGCUGGAAUGAUGGUAGGAAUGGGUAUGCCUAAUGGCUUUGUGGCAAAUGCCCCAGCUGGUGUUAUGGGACUUCCACCAUCUAUGAUUGGACCGCAAGCUGGAAUGGUGGGAAAUAUGGCCACACCACCAAAUAAGUUUGGCAUGCCUCAGACUCAACCAUCCCCUUGGAAUCUUUCUCAGAUGAAUCAGCAGAUGAGUGGACUUAACAUUAAUGGAGCAAGCAAUAUGAUGACUUUUGGUCCACCAGCUAACACUGUAGGAGGAGGAUGGGCUGGUAAUUCCACUGGUCAGACUCUAAGCACACAACUGUGGAAAUGAAAGUAACUACUGAGACUUCAUGGACUUUCAUCCAACAUUCCUGGCUUUGAUGCACACAAUUCUUUGUUUUACCCAUGUAUAUAUUAAUUUGCUUUCUCUUUCCAGACGGUGAUAUAAAAAAAAAAGAGAGACCUAUUUCAACAGACCUCUUUAGUUUGCGUUGAUUGAAUCUGAUUGUGGUGAAAAGCAGUUCUAGGAUACAUUUACAUAUCACUGGAAACAAUGUUCUGUUGAUUUCACAUCUAAUAUCUAAGGAAGCUGCUUAACCUACAUAUCUGGUUAAUAUUGAUCAAAAUUACUUUUAUUACAUAUAAGGGACUGAACCAUGUCACUAUUAUCAUAGUAAAAAAAAUAAUUCUUUAUUCUUUCUCACUUAUUACUUCAAUUUAUAUUGUAUCUGGAUUUUAUUUUAUUCUUCAGACUGAGUGUAAAUGUAUCAUUGAACAACAUACUCGUUAAGCUGUUCAUUUACAAAUAACUGUGAUGUUGUUAUGGUGUGCUAAGCUAAGCACCACAAUUCAGGAGGGAGUAUAAGCCUGGAUGCUACGAUAGCUGUUUUCUAUUUCAUACAUUCUAAUUGGCCAGUCUAAUUUAUCCUAAAAGGAUUUAUCGACAUAAUUGUGCAUAUAGUAUGCACGUAGAGGAUUGUUAUGAAUAUCCCUGAUGGGCUAAGUGUUUUUCUUCCUGUAAUGUACAUCCAGGUUUAUAACCUUCAUUGUGUUUACAUUUUAAGGUGCCUAGUAUUAAUGAGAUUACCCCUGUAUUAAAUCAGAAAAAUCACAGAAUGUUUGUAUUUUAUGUAGCCUCUGGUUUAUUACCUAUUUCUGACAAGGAAACAAGUUACAAUGUAUGCUGUACUUUUGUGAGUGUAUUGUUCUGCAAUAUUAGCUUAUGGAACCUGUACUCUCAGUAGGUAGAGCCUUGAUGUAAACAGACAGAAGCAUCAAGAAAAUAACGCUGUUUUCCUGAAGGAAACUUUGCAGUGGAAAGAGGAGAGGUGUGGCACAUGCAUACAGCGUUCCAAGGACCAUGACAUUUAAAUGAAGUCUUAAAAGUUCCACAUAGGGUUGUUCUGUUCAUUUGAAGCUUUAAUUCAAGUUCAGCAAAUGAUCACAGGGUAAAGAAUCUUCACAAUCACUGGUUUUGUGUCCAUUGCAAAAGUUUAGGGCAUCCUAACACGAAUUGGCCUUGAUCAUACCUCAAUUUUAAUUGUAUCCUGAGGAUGUUUGGGCUCAUUGGCCAAAUUGACCUUCUCUGUUCUGGUGUGCCACACAAGGACCUGCAACAGAAUAGUACAACUCCGUUAUUUAUUUUUAAGAUUUUGCAAGUAGAACAUCAUUAUUGGAUAUUGUUACUGGUGCUGUCCACUGCAAAGUCAUUUUAGCAAUUAUUUAAAAAUGUACUGUAUUUUAUUGUAGAAAGGGGUAAAUCACAGGUGACUCAAUGUUAGAAUGUCUAAUUUGGAACAAGUUCUUUUUCCCAUUAUUCCUGUAUAGUACAUUGUGCAGUGACUAAUGAUUUUAUUAAUGUAAUGCCCCUUUAAGUAACAUGAUGAGGAAAAAAAAUGUUUCUCUUCAAAAUGAUUGCUGCGGUAUUCUGCAUUUCUUUAUUCUGUGCACAAUCACAUCCUAAAAGUGGCAGCUCAUAUACCAUCAAUAUGCCUCCCCAUGACUGUUGAAUUGUAAUGGUUUUAAUUUCCAUUUAUACUUCCUUUUUUACCAUUUUAUUUUGCUUUAUUAUUUACACCAUUGAAUUUGUGACCAUUCUAAAAAAAGAAAAACAAGGACAAGAUUGAAGAGUAGAAACAUGUUGAUUUUAUUCCCCCCCCCCCCACUGAUAUGAUAUAUACACAGCAUUAAGAGUUGCUUCACCUAGGCUUGUGGAUUUGUGCCUGGUCCAAAUGGCUAUGAAACUAGUGCAGACAUACUGCCAGGAUUAAACGUUAUUAAAUAAGUGUAUUUUAUCUUCCCUUUGACAGUUCUAAGGACUGAAUGUAGUAUUAUAUAAAAUGGUAAACAAGUUAUGAAAAAUAAAAAUUCUGUUGCA